AUGUCUCAGGAGGAUGGUAGGAGUGUCGGGAGCGCGGACAGCGAGUCGGACCACAAUGAACACCAGACCACUAUCCAGAACCAGACCUACGUUCAGGACCAAGACCAGGAUCCAGACCAGGUAUUAGAAGAUGUGAUAGUAGUACUGGACCGGAUCGCCAGUCUCUCUGUGGACAUGUUCGAGCCCAGCGACUUCAAGGGAAGGUUCACUAAGAUCAAGCCCAGAUCCAGGAAGAAAACCCAGAUCUUCAGAGAUUGUGUCUGGACAACGUCUCAGGCCGUGUCUGGACAACGUCUCAGGCCGUGUCUGGACAACGUCUCAGGCCGUGUCUGGACAACGUCUCAGGCCGUGUCUGGACAACGUCUCAGGCCGUGUCUGGACAACGUCUCAGGUUGUCGUACAGGUUCUUACUCUCUGGUGGUGCGUGCAUUGAGCAUGGCUGGAGUGGAGACCAGUGCUACGGUCAGUGUCCAGGUGGGAGACCAGAACGACUGUCCACCUGUGUUCCAACAGCUCAGUUACAUAGGUGUUAUCAGCGAGGCUGCUCCGGUCAACAGUGUGGUCCUCGGGGAGGACGGUAACCCUCUGGUCGUACAGGCUACGGACCGUGACCGUAACCUGAACGCCCUGCUGGUGUUCAACAUCAUAGAUGAGACCGCUAGAUCCUUCUUCACCGUGGACUCUGGGACCGGGUCCAUUAGAACCAUCUCUACUCUGGACUACGAGACGUUCUCUGCCUUCUCCUUCCGGGUCCAUGUGAGGGACAGUGGGAGACCCCAGAGAACAGCAGACAACCCAGCUCAGGUCCAUAUCAAGGUGGUGAACAUCAACGACUCCCCUCCUAAGUUCUCCCAAGACUCCUAUGAGACGGUCCUCCUCCUCCCCACCUACCCCGGGGUCGAGGCCCUGAGGGUCACGGCCUUUGACCCGGACCUGACGCCUGACCCCGCCGUGACCCCUGCUGACCUCUCUGUGACCUCUGCCCUGGUGUACACCCUGGCUGACCGGAACCUCGAACACUUCUCCAUGGAACGUUCCACUGGCGUUCUCACCGUCAAGAACCGCAACCUCUCCAAGGACCGUUACCGCUUCAACGUCAAGGUGUGGGAUGGUCGUUUCUCCAGCACAGUGUUAGUAACCAUCCUGGUCCGUGAAGCGAUGGACAGCGGCCUCCUCUUCUCCCUCCCCGUCUACUCGUCCUCCGUCGCCGAGAACGAUGGCAACAUUUCCAUAGUGACCGUGGUGAACGCAGUGGGACACCGGCUUAACGAGCAGCUGAAGUACACGCUGCUGAAUGCCGGCGGUCGCUUCACGGUGCGCCCCACUUCCGGGGUGGUCCUGACCAUGGGAAUACCGUUUGACCGCGAGGAGCAGGACAGCUAUGAACUGGUGGUCGAAGCCAGCAGAGUCUACGACCGACUGAGGGUUGCUAGAGUUACUGUCAAGGUUCAGGUGGAGGAUGUGAAUGACAAUGCUCCGGAGUUUGUUGACUUGCCGUACUACGCUGCUGUCCAGGUGGAGUCAGACCCAGGCUCCGUGGUGUACAGGGUCUCAGCAUCAGACAGAGACUCUGGGCUCAACGGUGAUGUCGUUUACACACUGAAAGAGGAGCAUCGGAACUUCCAGGUGGACCCUCUAAGAGGUGAACUGAUCCUCAAGCGUUCCCUCGAAGCCGACCUGUCCAACGCUGAAUACAAACUCACCAUCGUAGCUCAAGAUGGUGGCUCCCCUUCCCUGUCCAGUGAGGUGGAGCUACCUGUCACUAUCAUGAACAAGGCCAUGCCGGUGUUUGACAAGCCUUUCUAUGGCAUCACAGUGAGGGAGGAUGUCCCCGUGUCCACCCCGGUCCUGUAUAUCAACGCUACCAGCCCCCAGGGACAGAGUGUUAUAUACACUGUCAUGGAGGGAGACCCUUCACUACAGUUUGACAUGGGCUUUGAUACUGGUGCGAUCCGGGUCAGCUACCCGUUAGACUACGAGACCACACCAUACUACCGAUUAACGGUGAAGGCUACGGACACGCAGACUGGUGCGAGGUCGGAGGUCGAUGUGGACAUCGCCGUGUUGGACGUUAAUGACAACCCUCCGCUUUUCCAGAACGUCUCAUAUUCCACCACGCUGCCCGAGAACUCCAUGAUCGGCACUCCGGUAUUACAGGUGUUGGCGUUGGACAGUGACUCGGAGCGUAACUCGUUGGUCCGUUACCAGAUCCUGUCAGACGUCUACAACAGUACCGACUUCUUCCACAUCGAUAGCAGCAGCGGACUGAUCCUCACCGCGCGUAUGCUCGACUACGAAACCAUGCAACAAUACACCUUCAUCGUCAGGGCAACCGACAGCGGCGACCCUGCCCUCAGCAGCGAGGUCAAUGUCAUGGUUUUGGUUACAGACACCAACGACAACCCUCCUUCCUUCAGCCAAUCGCUGUACGAAGUGUACUUGAGCGAGCUGGCCCCCAGGGGACAGUUUGUGACCUGCGUCCAGGCCUCUGAUGCUGACAGCUGUGAUGCAAAUAGACUCAGGUACAAUAUCCUGUCCGGUGACGAGCGGACGGUGUUUAUGAUGGACACAGAGACGGGGUUGAUAUCUCUGUCCAAUCAGAGAAGACAGGGGAUGAGGGCUUCCUUGAGGCUCAACGUGUCUGUGUCCGACGGGGUCUUCACCAACACCGCUGAGGUCAAUGUGUAUGUGCUGGGAGCGAACCUCUACAGCCCAGUAUUCAGCCAGAGGUUCUACCUGGCGGAGACCAGAGAGAACACACCUGCUGGAUCCAGAGUCAUACAGGUGCGCGCUACGGAUGAGGACUCAGGUCUGUUUGGUCAGGUGACCUUCACGUUCAUCAACGACUUGGGGAAGAGUAAGUUCAGCAUCGACGCUAAAGGCCUCAUCACCACCGCACAGAAACUAGACCGUGAAAACCCUAGCAACAAGGAUAUAGUCCUCACCGUCAUGGCCCUUGAUGGAGGAGGUCGUGCAGCGUUCUGUACAGUCCGUGUGGUGUUGACUGAUGAGAAUGACAACGCCCCUCGGUUCAGGGCGGUGGAGUAUCGUAUGAGCAUCAGGUCCAAUGUGGCUAAAGGAUCCUUGGUUACCCAGAUCCAGGCCUCAGACCUUGACGCUGGCCCCAAUGGACGGGUCAUCUAUUCCCUGUACAGCGAGGCCCGCCUGCCCCUGGUUGACGUACUGGAGGUGGAGCCGGACAGUGGCUGGAUGGUGACUAAAGGAUCUCUUCUCCAUCUCCAGGGAACCAUCCUAUCCUUCUUUGUCAAGGCUACAGACCGUGGCUCCCCGGCCAAACAUUCUCUGGUCUCAGCCUUCAUCCAUGUCCUCCCCCCGGACGCCCUGGUCCCCUCCUUCACCCAGCCUCAGUACUCCUUCACCAUACCAGAGGACACGCCAGUGGGCACGGUCCUGGGAAACAUAUACCUGGCCCCAGGACAGACUGGGGCUUACACCGCUGUGGGGGGAGAGACUCCCGACAGCAACCAGGAAAGAACAGGAGGUACGUUCCUGGUGGAGAGAGAGACGGGUCUGGUCCGGCUGACCAAUCCUCUGGACUAUGAACUGAUCAGCAUCUACAGGUUUAAAGUCUCAGCUACGACUCGACGAGACCUCAUAGAGUCCAUCUCUACUGUCGACGUGGAGGUGAAGAUUCUGGACAUAAAUGACAACAAGCCGUUGUUCGAGACCAGUUCCUACGUUGCCAUGGUGAUGGAGGGGAUGCCCGUGGGCACCAGGGUGGUCCAGGUGCGGGCGCUCGACCCUGACUGGGGCUCCAACGGACAGGUCACCUACAGCUUGGGUCCUCCACUUAACCAGAUCCAGGAGAACAGACCAGACCGGACCUCUGCUGGUCCCUCAUCUGGUAUUACUGGUACCAGAACUGGUUCAACUAGUUCUACUGGUACCGGACCAGUGUUCUCCAUUGACAGUAAAACGGGCUGGAUCACAACCCUGUCUGUUCUGGACCAUGAGGCUGGUCCCAGCUACACCUUCGUGGUGGUGUCUUCAGACCUGGGGGAGCUGCUACAACUAUCCGCUACCACUGUUGUCACGGUGUCUGUAGCAGAUGUGAAUGACAACCCGCCGCGAUUCGAGAGGGAGUUUUACCGGGGCGCGGUCAGAGAGAGUGACCCGCCAGGAGAGGUGGUGUCUGUUCUCAGCACCAAGGACGGAGACACCACGGAUCAGAACAAACUGGUCAGCUACCACAUCACAGGUGGUAACCCAGGGGGAGUGUUCAGUAUAGCUCUGGUCCAGGGUGAAUGGAUGGUGGUGGUGCGCGGUCAGCUGGACAGGGAAAAACAGGACUUCUAUCUACUCAACAUCACCGCUAGCGACGGCCUCUACAUCACCCGUACUGCCGUGGAGGUCACUGUCAUGGACGCCAAUGACAACGCACCUGUCUGCAACCAGGCGGUCUACAGCGUGACCUUCCCUGAGGACAUGCCUCCUAACCAGGGCAUUCUGAAAGUAGGUGCAGUCGACACAGACACAGGCACCAGCGCUGAGAUACAGUACUCACUGUUUGGGAUUGGAGUAGAGGACUUCUAUAUGGACGCAAACACUGGUGACAUGAAGACAGCGACGGUGAUGGACCGUGAGAAGACCUCCAGCUACAAGUUGAUCGCCCAGGCAACCGACGGGGGCGGGCUCUUCUGUCGCUCUGAGGUCUCUGUCACGCUAUUGGAUGUAAACGACAACCCGCCCUCCUUUUUUUCCAGCCAAUACCUGGCCAACAUUUAUGAGAACGCCGCCCCCAAAGCACUGCUGACACGCCUACAAGCCAGUGACCCUGACGAAGGUCCAAACCGUAUGGUGGUGUACUCCCUGGUCGACUCCGCAGACGGGUUCUUCUCUAUAGAUCCAGUAUCAGGCGUGGUGGUUCUGGAGAGAGCCCUGGACAGAGAGACCAGAGACUCCUACAGGGUCAGGAUCCAGGCCUCCGACUGCUCCGGACUGCAGGGGGCGCUAUCCUCACAGGUGGAUCUGACAGUAGUGGUGUUGGACGUCAACGACAACCCCCCGGUGUUCCAGAGGCGUGACUACACCGUCACCGUGCCCGAGGAUGUUGCCAUGGGAACAGAGAUCCUGCGGCUGUCGGCCACUAGUGAUGACAUUGGGGCUAACGCUGAGGUCACGUAUAGCAUCAGGGCUGGCAACGAACUGGGGAAGUUUCAGAUUGACAGAAAUCUGGGCUCCAUCUCAGUGGUAGAUGACCUGGACUUUGAGGUGUGUAAGGACUACUUCCUGACUAUAGAGGCUUGGGACGGCGGGGCCCUGCCCCUCAGCACUGCUACCAUGGUAACCAUAGAACUGAUGGACGUCAACGACAACGCUCCGGCCUUCAGUCAGGAUAUCUAUAACGUGCUGGUCAGCGAGGACGCGUCAGUCGGACAGACUAUCACCAAGUUGCUAGCAGAGGACCUGGACAGCCAGGUGAACGGGCGAAUCACGUACUCCAUCCUCCGAGGUGACCGUGGCAACCAGUUCUGGAUCGACCCGGUAACGGGACUGCUCAAAGUCAACAAGAGACUGGACCGGGAGGAGGUGUCCAACUAUACUCUGUCUGUCCAGGCAUUUGAUAGUGGUUCCCCCGCCAUGUCCUCUACAGUCAUCGUCAACAUAGAUAUCUCUGAUGUAAACGACAAUCCUCCUGUCUUCGCCACACCUAACGCCACAACCACUGUACAGUUGAACCAGCCAGCCGGGUCCAGUCUGCUGAAGUUGUCCGUCACUGAUAAAGAUUCCCCCAAUAACGGCCCUCCUUUUGAGUUCCGCAUUGUGUCUGGGAACGAGGGGAACGCUUUCUCUGUGGAACAGACCGGAGACUUACGGUCCAAUCGUGUUCUAGGACCUGAUGCUACCAGGGAGUUCACUCUGGAGGUCCAGGCCAGUGACAGCGGUGAGCCUCGUCUCUCCUCUUCUUGCUGGGUCUUCAUCAGGGUAGUCGGAGACAGCCAGUACAGACCCUCCGUCAACCCAUUGGACAUCUACAUCGUCACGGCAACAGACUCCUAUCCCGGCGGCCCGAUCGGUCGGAUAUACGCCUCCGACCGUGAUGUCACAGAUGUGUUGUCCUUUACCCAGAGGCCUUUGCAGCAGCGGAAUCCAUUCAAGAUCAACAGGCAGGACGGCGGUGUAGUGGCCCUGGCUGGACUGGAGCCUGGCAGGUAUCAGUGUAACGCUACGGUGAGUGACGGUCGUUACUCUGUCCCAGUGGUCGUAACGGUCGUGGUUGAACAGGUGACUGAGGAUCUCCUCCGUAGCGCCAUCACCCUGAGGUUUUCCUCGCUGACCCCUGAAGACCUGCUGGGACGACAUCUUAAUAAUAUCAAGCAGAGGCUGCGUGGCGUAGUCGGCUGGGGUUCGUCGUCGCUUGAGCAACAACAGGACCCUCUGCACAUUCUCGGUGUGCAGCCGAUGUCGGGGGGCGUCGACCUACUCCUGGCCAUGGAGAGACCAGAGGGGGAAGGAGAGGGUGGAGGAGGGUACCUAACCUCACAGGAGCUGAUCCUUAGGAUGGGGGAGGCGGGGAGGAGAGGGGGUGGGAGAGGACAGGGAGGGGUGUCGGCUACAGGAGGCCAGAGAGGGCAGCUCCAGGGUGUCCUAGCGGGCGCGGAGGUGCUGGCGCUAGCCUGCUCAGGGGAGCUCGACUGCGGGGACAGAGUGUGUGAGAAGGCCCUGGUGGUGGAAGGUGGAGCGAUGGUCACCUACAGCACCCCGACAGUCAGCUUCAUCACACCACGAUACAGCCGCACGGAGACAUGCACCUGCCCAGGAGGUACCUGUCCCAACCCCGUAGAGGAGCAGUGUGAGGGCCAAUCCUGUCCUAUAGACAUGCAGUGUGUUCGUUCCAGCCCCACAGCGCCCUCUGUCUGCCAGUGUCUGCCUGACAGGAUGGACCAGUGUGCAGGCCAGACGUCUCUGAGUUUCUCAGGUAACAGCUAUAUAAAGUACAGGGUGAAAGAAGGAGGCCAGGGAGGAGGAGGAGAGAUGAGACUGGGUCUAAUGAUCAGAACAUUACAGAGUAGAGGAGUCAUCAUGUAUACACGGGCCAACCCCUGCACCAUGCUGAAGAUCGAAAGUGGUCGUCUGUGGUUCCAGCUGGACUGUGACAACACGCUGGGCAUCAUGGGUAUCUCCGGCCGACCAAUCAACGAUGGGCGCUGGCAUGCCGUGACGUUAGAACUCACCAGCAACUAUACCCUCCUGUCAUUAGACGACAGCUACGUGGAACGCCGUAGGGCCGCCGGGGCGCCCGUCCGACUCUGGCCCCUCGCACCCGAUCCGUCCUUCUUCUUCGGUGCCCAAGUCAGACCUCCAACUUCCAAUCCAGGGGAGAAGGGACAGGGCCGUACCCAGGGCCCCGGGGAGAGAGGAAUGAGGGGUCCGCCCCGAGCCGAGGAUGGGUUUCAGGGGUGUCUGAGGUCGCUGGUGCUCAAUAGUAACGAGCUGCCUCUCCAGAACAAGAGGAGUCGCUAUGCAGAGAUAGCCGGCCUUAGUGAGGUGAAGCUUGGCUGUGUACUCUACCCUGACCCAUGUGUGAUCCAGCCCUGUCUCAAUGGAGGAACCUGUAACCAACUUCCCUCUGGUGGUUUUGGCUGUAGUUGCAGUAUGAGGUACACUGGAGGUCGCUGUGAGGAGGAGCUGACUUCGUGUCUACCGAACCCCUGUCAGAAUGGAGCAGACUGUACAGCCGGAGACACAGCCUUCUUCUGUGGUUGUCCCCGUGGUCUCACUGGACUCAUAUGUGAUGAGGAUGUGAACGAGUGUGAGCGUGAGGAGUGUGAGAACGGAGGAGUGUGUAUGAACACCUUUGGGGCGUACUAUUGUAACUGUUCCUAUGGUUACGAGGGCCAGUUCUGUGGAGAGAGGAGCCUACUGGACCCAGACCUACAGGAGCCUCUCUCCUACGUGGGUCCAGUAGAAAUCAUCGGAAUCGGAGUCCUGAUCUUCGUCAUCUCCCUCCUCCUCCUCCUCUACAUUAUCUUCAGGAAGAAGAUCAGGUUCCAGAGGAAGGACACCGGUUUCAGUCAGGAUGGAGGAGGGGCAACGGAGGGUGUGGCGGUGGGUGGGGUCGGGACGGGGGUGGGCAUGUCUGCUGUAUCCGUGGAGACCAGCUACCUGCUGACAAAAACAGGGAUGGGGUCAGAAGGCAUCGAGUUCAGGGCCGUACGUGUCGCUGCCGACCCCCGAACGCCCAGCAACGCCGAGGUCAGCGUCGGUAGUUAUGGCGACAGAGAUGGAGGUCUAGGCGGAGGUGUGGUGACAGGUGGAGGGGUGGGGCCUCCUCAGGUGAUGCUGGAACAAGGUGUUAGUGACGAUGAGAUCACAGAGUUCUGA